AGAGAACGUAAACUCCAGGCUUUCCUAAUCCUUCUCAGGGACUUUAAAAGGGUUUGCAGCCAGGGGAGUUGGGGGGUGGGGGGAGUGGAAAUCCAAGGGCUGUACUUAUGCAGACUGUGUAUAUUUCAUUUUGUUUAGCUCCAUCUAGCUCUCUGAUAGACUUACCCAUGCAGAUAACAGGACACAGGGAAAAAGAGCUAAAAUUCUAAAAACUCUGAAGGAAAUGGAGCAGGGAUGUCCCAGGGGUACCUUGGAAGUUCACGCUGAUUUGAGGGGGUGUUAAUUGGGAUCUUCUCCAAAAUGAAUUUCCUGUUUUGACUUGAGUGCCCUCCAAGGCUUAAAGUGUCAGAUCAAGUCUCUACAGGCAUUUUGAUAUCAAAUAGGAAUUUCCACACUCCAUUGGAAUUCUAGUUGGUGAUGGAGAUGCCAUAACCAUAAUUUAGGCACAUUCUAAAGCAUAUACUAUUAUUUCAUGGUGGUUUUGGCCAAGGAGAAUAGAUCGGUAUUAUUAAAGUGGAUGGGAUACUAGAUUUUAUAUUUCUGAAGCCCACUGUGUUUGCAGGCUCAGCAGAAAGUGUGCUGGGAAGCUAUUCUCCAUAGAAUAAGAAUUUCCAACAGAAGGGAACAUAUUUGGCCCUGUACUUGAAGAUCCAGGAGGAUUAAGUAGCUUGUCCUUUACCAAAGGCUUAAUGAGUCGUAGCUCUUGCAUCCAUAAAUAAUGGUUUCAUCUGGCUUCUGGUAGUGGGGCAGCUGUGGGCGCAGCCGGUGUCUGGUAGACCAUGUCUGGUCAUGGUACGUAGAUGGGUUCAGAGUAACCUCCUAGUCCAAGUCAUGAUCAAAUAAUGUGGCAUUUCCCCGCCAAAUCUAUACUCAAUCCAUGUAUUUUGAGGGGCUGAGAAGAGGACAGGAUUUAGGGGGAUAAAUAGAAUAAUGACAAAAAUGUAUUUGAGAGCAUAGAAUUUUGAGCAUGGAUGGAGGAAGGGAGAAAAUACCGCUUUAGCAUUGAGUUCUACCAUGUAGAGGGACAUUUCUUCUCUUGGGCUGUUGGAGAAAAGUUUGCUUCAGGAGGUGGAGGACUUAGUCUAAUGUAAAUAUCUGUGUAAUUUGAGAUAAACAUCACCUGGGAAAAAUCAGUGACUUUCAAACCUUGCUGUAGCUUAGAAUCACCUGGAGAGCUUGAGCAAGAAGCACCGCGUGGGUCCCAUCAUGAGAAGUUCUGAUUUACUGGGUUGGCAGUGAGUCCCAGUAUCGGGGCAUUUCAGAGCUCUCCAGGUUUUCCUAAUGUGCAGCGAAGAAUGAGGAUUAGUGGGUUUCUCCGUGGUUUUCAGCGGGUACCUUGGGUUCUUGGCCAAGUGGACAAAGUUCCCAAGGCCUCGCUUCUAUGAGAAUCAUUCAUCACAAACUCAGGCUACUAACUCCUUGUUCAACUGGUGAUUUCUAGCUGUGCAUGCAGGAUUUCAUCUUUCUUCUUUCCUUUCUUUCAUCUCAGCAAAAAUGGUCCAAAGAUGGCCUUCACUUAAUUGAAUAAAUAUGUUCUAGAAGGUUUAUAUAAAUUUAUUUUAAUUCAUGCCAAUUCUAGCAAACAUACUAUGAACUUGGGUAUUUGUUCCAACAGAAAAGAAAUCUCCAAUUAGCUGGAGCUUUCGGCCGAAGAAAGGUGGCCAGGCCUGAGGUGUACUGCUCCAGCAUGCUUUUGGAGCACUUUUCAUGCUUUUGGGGCAGUUUUCAAAAUCUGCAUGUCCUUUGUUAUUUAACGGCUUGUUUUCUGCAGCCUCUGAGACAACAGGAAUUUCUCCUGUGUGGAGAGGCUCAUUUAUCCCUUAACCUCUUAGGAACCUCUUUAUAUGGGUCUCUGGUGUUGACCGUCUUGGCCAGGCCUCCAGUGCUCCUUGGUGUCUGAGAACUGACUGCAACUCUGUAGCAGUCUGGUUCCAUUCUGGAGUGUUCUAGGUGGCAUUCUCAGAGCCAGGGCGAACUGAAAUGGCAGGGAAUGGGAAAAGGUCUUGAAAGUUAUUUUGCCCUAGUGAAGGAAUUAUCUUGUGAAAUUUUUAUCGAAUGCAUGGUAAUUACUCAGCCAGGGAGAUUUCAUCAGUGUUUCUUCCCCUGUGUACAUGGUUUCCUGGUUUGAAAGAACAGCGGGAUUUCUGACCACGGCAGAUCUAGCCUCGGACACAUCCCUGAUUAACCUGACGACACACUUCUUUGACACAGCCUUGAUUAUUUCCAGAACAAGUAGUAAAGGGAAAAGUCAGAUGUUGGUCUCCUUCAUAUUUACCUUGGGAUUUCUGGUGACAGAAGAGGCUGUGGACCAUUUGAUCCAACGGGAGGGCCUGAGGACUUUGAACUGCAUUCUACAAGCCGUGCCUCGAGAAGAGAGAAAACAGCUCCUCGUGUCAGAAGACCCGUGUCGUCUUAUGAAAGACCUUGCAAGGACAAUCUUGACUGUGGGUGAUUAUGACCAGCAGGUUGCUCUUUGUGAAGCAUUGUGUAGACUGACGACAAAAAAAUCAAGGGAAGACCUCGUCCACCAGUGGUUUGAAGAUGAUAGCAUUGCUGAGGCUUUCAGAGAAAUUAGGGAUCGAGAAUUUGAGACGGAUUGUAGACAGUUUCUCAAUCACCUAAAUGACAGACUUGGCGACCAAAGAAGGGUCUGUUCAUUUCCGUGCAUCGCUGCUUUUGCUGAUGAACGUGAGAUGAGAAAACCUGCAGAUGAAAAAUUAGAAAAAUUUUGGAUUGAUUUCAACCUAGGAAGUCAGAGUGUAACUUUUUAUAUAAACAAUACCGAGAGUGUCCUGUGGGACUCCGUAAGACUUUCAAAAGAAGCAGUGCUUAAUUUCAGCGUAGUAGAGGCUGAGAUGAAGAUACUCAGUAUUCACCUGAAGGAGCCUAUUAAUAUCAGAAGCAAAGAAACAAUGAAAAUAGAAAUCCGUUUUGAAUUGCAAUUCAACAUAUUACAAGCUUCCAUGAAAGCUUUAGGAGAAGACAAACAGGUGAUGCCUCACCAGGCAAAAAUCUCAGACCUUUUUGGUGAGUUUGAGAAAGAAGACACUGAGACGCCUAGCAGCCAUGAAAAAGAGCCAGGCCAAGCAGAGGAAUCCACUGAGCUGGCAGAGUUAGCCAGCGCUGAAGAUGACCACUGCCUGACGACCCUCCCCUUAAAUAACCAGUCUGAGCCUGCGCAAACAAAUACAGCCGAUCAUUCACCUGAGAAAACAAAACUGGAUGAUACUCCAAAAGAAGUUGCUUCAGAACCCGAGUAUUCUUUAGAUUUACAAGAACCACCAGCAGAAACUCAGGUUUCUAAAUUAAAUGACACAUCUAGGAAAGAUUCUGCUUUUGAGGGUGACAGAAAGCAAGAAACAAGGAUGUCGUUGAGCUAUAGGAAACACCUCUUCUCAGAGAGUAAUCAAGAUUCAAGUACUAGCACCAGUGACCUGUCCUGGACCAGUAACCAAAAAAGGAAAUCCCUAAAGUCAUAUCCUAGUAGGAAAAAGAAAAGAACCAGAAGUAGCGCCAGAAUCUUGCCACCUCUCCCUCUCAGUAGUGGCAGUGACCUUGAGAAAGACCAAGCUAAAAUUCUAACACCAUUAUGGAAAGAGACCUCCAGACAAAAAAAUGCCACACCUCCAAAAAUUCCUGGAGCAAAAUUUCAGAGUAGUUCUGCCUUUUUAACUCCUGAAGAUUCUGCCCAGAAAACAGAACUUCACAGUCCUCACCCACUGAGUGAGCUUUCUUCCUUGGAGCAUUCAGAUGUUGAAGGAAACGUAUCUAAGACUGUGACCCAAGAGUCGUCGACGACAAGUGCUAGCUUCAAACAUAAACUGCAAAACUCGGAGGACAGAGACCAAUCGGAGGGUCGUUCUGCCAAGUGGAAACAGUCGAGACUGGAGGACAGUCACGGUCCGGGAUCCCUGUCCUCAGCAGCAGAAGAAACCGACUUGGCAGGCAUUUCUGCUUCAUCCCUAAUAGUUACGCAAGAGAACUCGAAAGGUUCUGCAAUGAUCACAACCUUUGAAAACUUCACGGGAGAACUGAAAAGAAAACACGAGCUUAGGUACAGAAGGAGCCCACUUUAUUCAAAAAAUACAAAGCAAGCGCCAGAUUGCCUAAUGAAACUUUUAAACCAGAUCCAUCAGUGCAGAAUGAGUAAACUAGAAGAGUUUCACGAUUUUGUUCUUCAAGAGCUGAGCAGUCUUGAGAAGGAUAUUCAGGAUCUGAAACGCCUUGAGGAGAAUGUUCUGGAAUUUUGGGGGAAGCAGUCUGAUGAUCUGAAAUCAUUCUGUGAUCUGCAACUGCUGAGGCUUAAUCCAGUUCAGCCUUCAUGAGGAACGCCAAAGAUCCGCUUUAUGCUGCGCUCCUGGGUCUGAGCCGCGGGGAGGAGAUGAGGCUGCCUCGGGCCACGCCAGCAGCGACUUUCUGCUUUGUGCUCAUUCACUCCAAAUGGAAUUCCUGAGACCUGCCAAGCUGGAAUAGACUAUAAAUAUGUUGGUAGUUUGUCCAUUUGUUUACACAAGUCAACCUUUUGUAUUAAAUUUGGUCAGAAAAUCGGAAGUUCAGGAUGUUUAGCAACUUGGAGUGAUGUUGCCCUUUUUUUUUUUUGAUGAUUUGUGAAAGUAAAAUUGAUUUCUGUUUGAGAAUUCAAGUUAUCUGCGGGUGGGGAAACCUUAGCAUCUGUAUAUGUACUGCUUGGUGUUUCUCUUUAAGGGAGAACUAAUUGAAAUGUGAUGCAAAUCGCUCAGGUGAAAAUGGUGGUGUGUUUCGAAAUAGUUGUCCUUUCAUUUGAUCUGCAGAUACUCAGUUUCUCUGGCACUUUAACAAAAGUACCAACUUUGGCAGAGGAGAAAUAGUCAUCUUUUGAUAAUUACUAAAUGCCCGAAUAAAGUCCGAGUGCAUAAA